AUGGCUACAGAACUUGAAGGUCUCCUAGACAUUCUCUCCUCCUCAGUCAAUAACAUACUCGGCAUCUGCGUAAAGACUGGAGUCGAUUUCCCGUCACUAAAUGAGCCUGCUCAUCCCUCUGAAUUUUCACCGGAUGGCAUUCGCAACCACCCAGAGGUGGCAGAUAACAUAGCUCUGGCAGUAGCAGCUGCAACACAGCUCGUAGCUACUCUACAAUCUCCUGCUGUCCACCUAUGGAACUCUGCCUUCAAAUUCACUCUUCCUGUUUGUCUCGGCAUUGCAGAGGGAACACAUGUUGCUGAAAUUAUAAGGAACGCGGGACCCAAGGGUAUGCAUGUUAAUGAUAUUGCAAAAAAGAGUGGUGUCGAUCCCAAGAAACUUGAACGUGUUCUAAGGUUCCUUGCAACAAACCACUAUUUCCGUGAGGUAAAAGAGAGAACGUUCGCUCACAAUCUACUGUCUUCGCUACUUGAUACUGGCAAGGAUGUAACGGAUAACUUUACAGCCAAUAAGUAUGUCAACACAAAUGGCUUUGCUGCUAUUGCCGGAUACGGAGCGGAUGAAGUCAUGACAGCUGCACAAGGUUUUAGAGAAGUCAUGCUGGAUCCAAAGACGGCUUUCUCUGAGGAAGUAAAUGAUAGUGGUUUCCAGAGGGCAUUCAAAACAGAACUACCGUUAUGGGAGUUCUAUGAGCUUCCGGAAAACCACUACCGACGCGAUAGGUUCAACUUAGUUAUGUCUAGCGCAAAUAAUAUGCACCCCGAGGCAAUCCUUGGAGGUUUCGAUUGGGAACAGGUUCAAGAUGGACUAUUGGUUGACGUUGGAAGUGGAAUAGGUCAUGUUCCCUUAGAGGUUGUAAAGAAAUUUCCAAAUAUGCAGGUUGUUCUCGAGGAUUUCAAGUCAGUAAUCGACAAAGCAAAGAAUCACUGGAACGAGAAGAUGCCAACUCACGUUUCUGCUGGAAAAGUCCAUUUCAUUGAUACUGACUUCUUAAAGGAACAACCCGGUCUACCAGGACCUCCAGACGUUUUUCUCCUCCGCUGGGUAUUGCAUGACUGGUCCGACAAAUAUUGUAUUCAGAUCCUUAAAAACCUCCGCAAAGUCGCGAUUGUGGGAAAGACAUCGCUUGUCAUUGUUGAAAGUGUCAUGGAUUAUGCAUGUAAAGUGCAGGAGACACCAGUAAAGGAGACUGGUGCUGUUGUGAAAUCUGCCCCAGCUCCUCUUCUGCCAAACUUUGGUGGAGCAAACACGCUCUCUUAUGCAAUUGAUAUUAUUGUCUCAACCAAUUUGAAUGCUGGAGAGCGUACCAUACAAGGUUUCAUUAACCUCUUAGAGUCUUGUGGCUGGCAGUUCUCUCAAAUCAGGAGGCUCUCAGGAAGCAAAAUGUUUUGGCCAAGCAUCAUUGCUAUACCAAAUCCUAAGUACAACCCUAGGUAA